GCCCGCGCCGCAGCCCCGGCUCCCUGCGUGGUGCCUCCCUGUACCUGUAAUUGGAUUGCCUCGGUUCCUGCCCUUCCCCGGGCACGGGGAGCUGCCCGGGGAGGCGGGGGCAGGCGGUGGGCGGCUCUCGGCGGCCCGGCCGCUCCGCAGCCCAUAAAGCGCGGCGGGAGCGCGGCGGGAGCGCGGCCAUGCACUGAGAGCCGCCGUGGGACCAGCCCCGCUCCGGCCGCCCCCGGGAGCCCCGCCAGGGACACACCGCCCCAGAUCAAGAUGCAGAGGUGCACCAGUUUCCUGUUGGUGUCUUUAAUCCUCUGUGCCACCCUCUCGGAAACACUCGGGCUGGUUUUCUCAGCGAAAGACAAAAGGGGCUGGACUUUGAACAGUGCUGGUUAUCUACUCGGGCCACAUGCAGUAGAUAACCACAGAUCAUUUAAUGACAAGCAUGGUUUCACUGGUAAACGUGAAAUACCACCUGAGGAGGAUAUUAAAGCAGGGAACCUUGGAAGACCCGUGGCUGACGAAAACAUUGUGCGCACAGUAAUUGAAUUUUUGACUUACUUGCAUCUGAAAGAGAUGGGAGCACUUGACAAGCUACCUACACCAGAGGAAAUGAACCAGUCUUGAAGAAUGCAUUUUUAUUUUGUUGCAGUGUAGAUUUAGACUCAAUUCUAAACAAAAGACCAAAAUGACCUGAAGUUAAGAAGUAUGGUUUGCAUUUAUCUGAUAAAUGGUAAACAGCAUUCUGCCCUCUGGUUGGUUUGUUGGAUUUUUUUUUUUUGCUUUUUUUUUUCCUUCCCUCCCUCUCCUGCAAUGUUAUCGUGUAUAAUUUUGCUUUGGUAAAAUUUUUCUGUAGGUAAAUGAGAAAAUAAAAAUAAAGAGCAACUAAGUUGUUUCAUUUCAAAA